CGCCCUCCCGCGGCUCCCGGCUCCCGUCACCGGAUCGGAGAAGACCGGAAGCAUGUCCGAGUUUUGGUUGAUCUCUGCCCCCGGCGACAAGGAAAACCUACAAGCGCUGGAGAGGAUGAACACGGUCACCUCCAAGUCCAACCUGUCUUAUAACACCAAGUUCGCCAUCCCUGACUUCAAGGUGGGGACCUUGGACUCCCUGGUCGGCCUCUCGGACGAGCUGGGGAAACUCGAUGCCUUUGCUGAAAGCCUCAUAAAGCGCAUGGCCCAGAGCGUGGUGGAGGUGAUGGAGGACGCCGCCAAGGGCAAGGCGCAGGAGAACCUGCUGGCCAACGGAGGUCUGAAGGAAAAGAUGAAAUGUCUAAAGAUUGACUUAACGUCCUUCGUGACCCACUUCGAGUGGGACAUGGCCAAGUACCCGGCCAAGCAGCCGCUGCCCAGCCUGGUGGACACCCUGGCCAAGCAGCUGGCGCAGAUCGAGACGGACCUGAAGGCCCGCACGGCCGCCUACAGCGCCCUCAAGGCCACGCUGGACAGCCUGAACCAGAAGGCCCAGGCGAACCUCUUCACGCGGACCCUGAGCGACAUCGUGAGCAAAGACGACUUUGUGCUGGACUCCGAGUACCUGGUCACCCUGCUGGUCAUCGUCCCCACACAGAACUACGUGCAGUGGCAGAAGACCUACGAGUCCCUCUCGGACAUGGUGGUCCCUCGGUCAACCAAGCUCAUCUGCGAGGACAAGGAGGGCGGCCUCUUCACGGUGACCCUGUUCCGCAAAGUGAUCGACGACUUCAAAGCCAGAGCCAAAGAGAACAAGUUCAUGGUCCGGGAGUUUUACUAUGAUGAGAAAGAGAUCACCCGGGAGCGGGAGGAGAUGGCCAGGCUGCUGACCGCUAAGAAGCAACAAUAUCAAACUUCCUGUGUUGCUCUUAAAAAGGGACCAUCCACCCUCCCGGACCACAGGGUUAAGGUAACCCCGCUAGGUAACCCCGAUAGGCCUGCUGCGGGGCACAGCGACAGAGAGAGAGACAGUGAGGGCGAGGGCGAGGGCCCCCUGCUGCGCUGGCUCAAGGUGAACUUCAGCGAAGCCUUCAUCGCCUGGGUGCACCUCAAGGCGCUGCGCGUGUUCGUGGAGUCCGUGCUCAGGUACGGGCUCCCCGUGAAUUUCCAGGCUGUGCUCCUCCAGCCUCACAAGAAGUCCUCUACCAAGCGCUUGCGCGAGGUCCUGAACUCCGUCUUCAGACACCUGGACGAGGUGGCAGCUGCCAGCAUGCUGGACGCGGCUGUGGACAUCCCUGGGCUGCAACUCAACAACCAAGACUACUACCCGUACGUGUACUUCCGCAUCGACCUCAGCCUUCUCGACUAGCACGCCCAGCGGGUGCCCUGCGGACGGCGUGCCAGACGCUCCUGUCCCUCCGCAGGACGGCCGUCUCAUCAGGACUUAGCUUUCCAGAGAAAUUGCUCGCAGAAGUUGCUCACAGUUGUAUUUAUUUUUUGUAAGUUACAAUAAAGAAGUGCUCGGUCCUUCCAAUGGGCUCUUCCUUCCUGACAU